CCCCGAUUUGACUCUUGAUUCAGGCCCAUGAAAGGGAGCCCAAAAUGGGCCCAUUGAUGUGGAUUUGGGCCCAUAAUUUAGACUAUAGGAUCAUCGAAGUCAACGUACGUUGACUAAUUCCAAGACUCCGUUGGGUCGUAACCUACGCUUAGGGUUGUAGGAACUUCGACGUGAGUUAAGAAUCCAGGGAAAUGUGAUUAAUUUUUCAUUAGCACUAAAGUUUGGUAUCGGAAAAUUAAAAAAAUAAAAAAUAAAAAAGAUCAAGAACCAAUAAUUAAGUUGCAUUGCUUAGUUAGGAUAUGUUCUUAAUGAUUAGGUAAGAUCAUUAAAGUCAACAUUUCGAAAAAAACGUUGGUGGGUACUCCAACCUAAGUCCCCUUUGACUAGGAAGUUUCCUGGUUUGUUCCUCUUAAAGGUUUUUUUUUCCAGGGGCGAAAAGUUCCCCCGCGUAAGCCAUGAGGCGUUUGACUAAUGCGCGCCCCGGAGCCACUUUCCGUCUCCGCUCGGCAUUCUUCGCUUCAAAGUCGAUGAACCAGCACAACGACAGCGACUGGGGUUUCAGGACCGGUUCAAACCAACCCCAUUUUGAAUAUUCUGCAAAUUGCUCUUUCCACACCCUCUCCUGCCUCUUUCUCCUAUCUUCUGCUGUCCUCUGCCUCCUCCUUCCAGUCCCAGAUGAAUCUCCAGAGCUUCAUCUGCGGAGCUGGUUGUCGCCGGUUGGCCCUUGUCGUCAUCUUCGCCAGCUUAGUCUAUAGGGCUGUGUCGGAGGAUGCGCAGUACGAGGCCUGCGCGCCUCGGAGCUGCGGAUAUGGCCCAAACAUCAGCUACCCUUUUUGGAUUUCGGGCGAACCUGAGUCUUAUUGUGGCCAUCCAGAUUUCGAGAUCACCUGUGUAGGGAUUCUUCCUUUCCUGAAUUUUUCGGACAGUGAGUUCUUCUACAUCAAGGAUAUCUUCUACGCCAACCAUUCUAUCCUCCUGGUUGAUGCCUUCGUGUACCAUGACACCUGUGAUGCUCCGCAGCAUAAUAUCAGCUUCAAAGGAACGCCUUUCAAUCUGAGUUCCACAAAUGCUGAUUUCUUCUUCUACUAUAAUUGCACCUUGCAACCGCCAGAUUCUACAUAUCCGGUGGACUGUGCUAGCAACUCCACCCACCACUCUUUUGCGGUUUUUCACGAGGAUGUAUCGCAGGAAACAUAUUUGAAUUCUGUCAUCAGCACCUGCGACUCUGCAGUUAGUGUACACGUUGAUGUCAAUGCAAAUAACGCUAGCUUGGCGACUAUGAAUUACAGUGAGAUUAUGGAGAUUGGGUUCCUUUUGAACUGGACUGCAAUUAAUUGCAGCAACUGCGAGGAAAGUGAGGGACGGUGUGGGUUCGAGAACAAUACUUUCAUAUGCUUUUGCCAAGAUCACCCUCAUUCUCAAACCUGCAAUGAUGGUAAAUGCAUGGGAAAGAGCAGGAUUGGUUUCAAAGUUGGAAUAGGCUUGGGUAUCCCAGCAGGCGGAGUUCUGUUGAUGAUUGUUGGUUUCUAUAUCUAUCGAUCUCACCAAAGAAAAAAGUAUGGCCAGUCAUCCUUUGCCUUGAGAAGCAUCUCCUCAAAUUACUCCUCCAGGACAGAUUUUGAGAUGGGCCUCCAUGGACUGCCCAUCUUUGACUAUGACGAACUUAAGAAGGCAACCAACGAUUUCGAUCCAGCAGCAGAACUUGGUGAUGGAGGCUUUGGCACUGUUUUCAAAGGCAAACUCCGAGAUGGGCGUGUAGUUGCAGUCAAGAGAUUGUAUGAAAGCAACUACAAAAGAGUCGAGCAGUUCAUGAAUGAAGUCGAAAUACUUACUCGCUUACGCCACCCAAAUCUAGUCUCACUGUAUGGCUGCACCUCCCGGCAGAGCCGUAGACUCCUGCUUGUGUAUGAAUAUGUGCCAAAUGGCACGGUGGCUGAUCAUAUUCACGGAGAUUUAGCUAAACCUGGCUUGCCCCCGUGGUCCACCCGUUUUAACAUAGCCGUAGAAACUGCAAACGCAUUGGUGUAUCUCCACGCAUCUGAUGUUAUCCACCGAGAUGUGAAGACCAACAAUAUCCUGCUGGACGAGAAUUUCAGUGUCAAGGUUGCGGAUUUCGGUUUGUCACGCCUCUUCCCAUUUAAUGUCACUCAUGUUUCAACUGCCCCUCAAGGGACACCAGGUUAUGUCGAUCCAGAGUACCACCAAUGCUACCAAUUGACUGAGAAGAGCGACGUAUAUAGCUUUGGAGUAGUCUUGAUGGAGCUCAUAUCUUCCUUGCCAGCCGUUGAUAUCAUGAGGCAUCGCCAUGAGAUAAAUCUAUCUGCCCUGGCCAUUAACAAGAUCCAAAGCCACGCCUUGCACGAGCUUGUAGAUCAAAAUCUUGGGUUCGAUACAGACUAUAGGACUAGAGAAAUGAUUACUGCGGUGGCGGAGUUGGGGUUCCAGUGCUUGGAAGAAGGCCACGACAUGAGGCCAUCGAUGGAAGAGGUAUUAAAAACACUAAAGGAAAUACAAAACCGUGGAGACAACAUGGAGAAGUCAGACCAACCAGAUAAUAUAUCGGAUGAUGCUGUUCUGUUGAAGAACAAUCCGUUAACAUCUUCGCCAGUUUCAGUCACGGCGAAAUGGGUUAGCAACGAUUCAACGCCCAAUGCCAGUGGUUAGGUUGCCAUUGCAGGAGACGAGAUCUUCUGAAGACUGCCGAUAUGUACAGUAGUGAGGUAAUGUGUAUGAGUGAAAUAAAGAGGACAGCCACAUUAUGAUAUUUUUCCGUUGUUUGUUAUCAUAUUCUUCCAUACUGGGCAUCUUUCCUGAGAUGGGAAUAUUCUGUGGAUGAGAGGAGUAGUUGGCAUAAUUUCUUCUUUGUUCUCUCUCCUGACUUGAAUUCAAGAGCUUAGCCCUUUUCUUUACGGGUAGGUUCGAGACCACGAAAACGAUUCGACAUUGCCCUAUUUGUACCAUCCAACCACAUUGCAUGAAAAGUUUUGGUUGGAUUUCUGCCUA